UUCGAUUCGCUUCCUUAGUAGAUAUAAAACUUAGCCCAAAUCAUGGCUUCGCUGCACUGUAGAUCUAGUUUCUUGUUUACCUUUCAUCGACCUUUAACUUUAAAUGCAUCAUUAGUAACAUCUUUAUACCGUCAGUUGCACACAACUUCAACAUUUUUAUCUAGAUCCAUAUCUACUCAGAAUGAGAACAAGAGUAUUCCUAUAAAUAUUGAAACAUCAGAGUCUGAAGAAGAAUUUCGAGUGUAUGAAAUAGAAGGUCUUAAGAAGUUGACUGAAUUGAAAAAAAGCAAACGAUCACUAAAUCAACCUUCACCACCUAGAUCUAAAACAAUGCCUGUUGAUCAAGACUGGACAGAUGUUUGGCCAUCAGCAUCAACAUUCAAAUGGGGAACAGUACCUUUUCCUGUUCGUCAAGGGCGAAUACUGUCAUCUUCAGAAAAUGAGGGUAUUGUUCCAUCUAAAUAUGGAAAUCUUGAGCUAAUGAAGCCACCAAACUUCUUACAUCUCACUCCAUCACAUAUUAAAAAACAUUGUGCUGUGUUGAAAGACUUCUGUACACAAUGGCCCCAGGGUUUGGACACUGAUGAAAAAUGUCGGCGUUUUUUUCCUCUAGAAACAAAGACCUCAGACUAUGUUUUUUCUGCCCCUUCCAUCAGGGAUGAUAGGGCUAGAUUUGCCAGUAUUAAGUUUUACUUAUCAGAUUUGAAGCUUGAUUAUCAUGCAAGAGAUAAAUUUAUUCGACUUGUUGGAGAUCGUUACAAUAAAAAGACAGAUGAAGUUACCUUUGAAACUGGCAGAUGUCCUCUUAAGUCUCAGAACAUAGAGUUUCUAAAGUUUGUUUUCACAGUUGUUUAUUUUGAGUCUUGGAAACAUGAAGACUGGGAAAAUUCCAAAGAACUUCAAGAUAUGGAGCAAUACUUCUGGGAUUUAAAUGCUUCAAGGAAAAAUUGCAUUUCACUUCUGAAGAAAAUAAAAACUAUUGAUGAAAAUAAAGCAACUGAAAGCAACAGAUUGGAUUACCUCCCUUCUGACAUUCUAGAUGAGGAUACACUGUGUGCCUUACCCCCCAUACAAGACUACAAAGCUGCUAUUGAAGAUUUAUUUAAUGAGGGAGAAAACUUUCAGACUAUUAAUAAAUAUAAAGAAUCUGUAAAAUCCCUUUUAAAUAUUCAGGAGAAUGUUUCACUGUAAAAUAUUAUGUAGCAUGUAUUAAUUGUAUUUUUUUGUUAAUUAAUAAAUUCUUGUCUUUACAUAA